AUGCUGGAGCCAGUUCUCGAGAAUGGCGGUGCUGGAAAGGAAGGAAGUUAUGGCCAACAUCCUCUGACCACAACACCUUCUCCACUGCGCUCAAGCUCAGCAAGCACCGGACAGCCCUCCUUAUCCAGAAACCCGCACAACCUCCCACGAGCUCUUCAAUCUCCCCGAGCCGUCCGUUUCACCGAGCUCCCAUCUCCCAAACGCCUCACUCCGGAAACCAUGCUCACCCAUCUCCACACAAUCCAGGACGAAGAACAGAAACGCCUCAGCAGGCGCCGCGAAAGCAGCACCGCCGUCGACAUCAGCAGCACCCUUCAUCUCCCUCCCCCGUCCCCAAUCACCUCGGCACCAUCAUCACAAUCUCCCACCGGCGGUGGACAACCCCAUGACGGCGACAACUACGACGACGAAGAUGAUGAACAUACCCUUCCGACCCCUUAUGCAUCCUGCACUCCUCACCAGCUCUCCGUCGCAACAUCCCGCCUCCACGACAUAGCCCAGCAGUUCCAGGACGUGGUGGCCGGUCUCCAAGACGCCAUCGCCCGCCGGCAGUCCACCACCACGACGCCUCCCCGCCCCGAGCUCCUGUCCCUCCAGGAGAGGCUGGCGCGAGUCCACUCCGUCGCCAUCACAGAACACGAGAUCGUCGUGCGGGAGGUCAAGGCGCGGAGAGGAGGAGCGGGAGGGGGAGGGGGAGGGGGAAGAAGGGCCGAAGAAGCUUCCAAGAGAUCAGGGGGCUAUUAUUAG